AUGAGCCACUCCAGUCACACCAGGAAAAGGCAAGGGGCAGAAUACCACACUGAACUGGAAGGAAGACAGGGCAAGAUUAUGGCUGAACUGGACAUGCAUGACUUGACCCGGUGCGCAGCCUGCUACAGCCACAUUCCUCACCGCAAUGACUCCAGUUCUUCUGAGGGCUCAGGGUCUGGAGGAGAGUCCGAGUCCAGCUCCUGCAGCUCAGAGUCAGACACAGAAGAGUGGACACAGGACACAUUGGCACCUGUGGAGGCAGCGAGGGGUCCCACCAGAGAGUCCCCCGAGAGGAGCACUGACCGCAGCCUAGUGUCUGUGCUGCUGGAUUCUCACUCUCCCAAAGUGCAGUCUGUCCUCAACCUACAGGUUUUACCCCCACGACACACUUACGACCCGCACUACACCAUCCGCCGCCAGCCUGUAGACAUGCCUCUGCCUGAGAACAGUGGGAGUUUCCCCUCACAGCCCUCUGUACCAUUGCAGCUACCCCCCACGCUGCACUCCACGCUGCCCCCCUCUCUGCCCCCCACUCUGCCCCCCACGCUGCCCCCCACGCUGCCCCCCACGCUGCCCUACCCUCAGCUGAUGCCACCUUCCCAUGAACACUCUCUGCCCUGGCCUCAGCGGACGCCGCCUUCCCAUGAACACACUCCGCCUUACCCUCCCCUCUGGACCAGGACCCUGGUCUAUGGGCUGCAGGCCUCUGUGCUGCCACUGCCCUCCUACAGCCUUCAGUCCCAGCCUCCAGGACCACCACAAUAG